AUGGCACCACUCAUGACUAGCGAUUUAGCAGCAUGCGAUAUGGAUAGACAAUCAGUUCUACGCAUUCUCGAAAUCGCACCGUCCAUCUAUCGAGGCCCCGGCGGAUCCAUCGCCGUGUUGAAAGACGGGGAACUAGUCGCUCAGCAUGCCUGGGGCUACGCAAAUCUGGAGGAGCGCAUCCCCAUGACGCCCUCGACACUAAUGCCCAUCUGCUCCAUCACCAAGCAGAUGGUCUGCAUCGUGCUGAAAGACCUCGAGCGCAACCCGACGCCCGAGAUGGCCGCGCGGGGCCCUACGCACGAGCAGCUCUCGGCCAGUUUCCGACGGAUUCUACGGACGGAAAUCACCGAAAGCACCGGCCUCCGCCUCGAGCACCUGUGUCACAUGCAGUCCGGAAUCCGCGACUACUGGGCGAUGACGAUGUUUUGGGGCACCACUCCGGAAGGUGAAUUCGUUAUUCCGAAGCACGCGGACCAGGUGAUCGCGCGGACGACAUCGCUGCAUUUCCCGCCCGGGUCGCAAUACUCGUACUCGAACCUGAACUUUCAUGUGCUGGCUCGGGUGCUGGAGGAUGUCUCGGGAAAGCCGCUCGACGAGCUACUCCGCGAACGGCUGUUCACGCCGGCCCAGAUGGCGACCGCACGUCUAGGUGCAGACACGUCGAAGCUUCCCUCCCCUUGUGAGGGAUAUGAAGGUUCCGAGUCUUUGGGAUUCGUCCGCGCGAUUAACCGCAUGCAAUGGUCUGGAGACGCCGGGGUGGUGGCCACUCUCGCGGAUAUGAUCGAGUAUGAGCGUUAUCUGGACCAGAGCUGGGCGGAUCCACAAAGCAUAUACCGGGAAAUCGCCAAGCCACCGUGUUUUGCGGAUGGGAAUCCAGCAAGUUACGGCUACGGGUUGGGACAUGGGAGAAUUGGAAGCUUUAAAACCAUCGGACACGGUGGCGCUCUCCGAGGGUACCGUCUUCAUCGACUUCAAGUGCCAUCCGAACGGCUGUCCGUUGUGGUCAUGCUCAACAGUGAAGUGGAUGCCAAGGAGGUGGCGACAUACGUCGUGAAGGAAGUGCUCCAUCUUCCAAAGACACUUAAUCCGGCUACCACCCCGAUCAACCUCUCUCCGAGCUUAGCUGGGACGUUUUUCGACCCCGAUGCUCAGAUGGCACUCGAGUUGACCCAGGGCGGACAGAACCGGAUCACCAUCUCCUACGCAAUUUCCCGCGAGACGCUCGCUCUUGUCGAUACCCAGACCGCUCGAUCCGAGACGCUGCGUGCAACCCUCGGCGAUCACUCGAUCGAGCUUCGCCGUAUCAGUGAUAACCGGGUUAUCUCCCUGAGACGUGUCGCUGCACCCCAGGAGCCACCCAAGGGAGAGGAAUACACCGGCCACUACUCAUGUGGCGAGAUAGAGUCCACUUUCCACUGCACUGGAACAGGUGGCAUGCUCUAUGGCUCGUUCGAUGGGUUUUUGGGACAGGGACCGGCCUACCCCAUGCGGUAUCUCGGGGAGGACCUGUGGCUUCUCGCCUAUCCGCGGGGUUUAGAUGCCCCCGCUCCGGGUAACUGGACCCUGGCGUUCCAGCGCGGGGCACAGGGAAACGUAGUCGGAAUGUCCGUCAGUUGCUGGUUGGCUCGGAAGGUUGUCUUUACUAGAUCUUAGUCCUUG